CGCACUCGUAAAAAGGAACUCAGAUUUGCUAAAUCUAGUAUACACAGUUGGGGUCUAUAUAGUUGUCAGGUUAUACCCAAAGGAGAGAUGGUUAUUGAGUAUGUUGGAGAAGUCGUCAGACAGCAGGUUGCGGAUAGGAGAGAGAAGGCCUAUGAGAAGCAGGGUAUUGGUAGUUCCUACCUUUUCAAAAUUGAUGAUGACAACAUUGUUGAUGCUACAAUGAAAGGCAGUGUAGCUAGACUCAUCAAUCAUUGUUGUCAACCAAAUUGCACGGCUAAAAUCAUCACUAUUCUCGGUGAGAAGAAAAUCAUUAUUUACGCGAAAACAGAGAUAUCUCCCGGAGAUGAAAUCACAUACGACUAUCACUUCCCUAUUGAAGAUGAAAAAAUUCCUUGUCUUUGUGGUGUCGAAGGGUGUAGAGGCUCACUUAAUUAA